AUAACAUUGACCCCCAAUUCUCUUUCGUAUGAUAGACGAGUACAGCGAACGAAGAGGGCCAUGUUUUUAGAUCUUGUUUCACCGCGUACAGCUAACCUAGGGGUUGCUUUUCUAUUUCUAAUCACCGUGCUCUGGCUUCGGUAUGCUGCUCAGCGUGAUAGGUUUGCGGUGCUCGGAAAACGCGACGAUGCGAAAGGUGCCCCUUCAACUUUCCCUUAUGUCUUCCCGCUGUUGGGAAGUCUACCAUUGGCAUAUUUGUGGGACCCGAGAGCCUUUGUCUUGAACCCCAACAAUUUUUUCCAGAGCGCGCAUCCGGUUCGGGUAAAGAUCCUUACGCAAGAGUUCUACGCCAUCUGCGGACCUGAGAAUGUUAAGGCUUUCUUCAGGGGUUCCCACGCGUGCACAUCAAUCCCCUUCGUCAAAUUCGCUCUUGGGUACGCUUUCGGUUUACACUCCAAAGCAUUGAGGUUAUAUGACAAGGACGACUCUGGCGGCAGCCAUGUACCUCACUCGGAUAGCACAAUAGAGGCUCAUAAUCGUAUUGAUUACCGCACCUACCAGUCCUUAAUUCGUUUUCUGGAAGGAAAGGGGCUUUUGCCCUUCUGGAAUAGGUUCGCAGACAACAUCACACAGCAGCUGCAUGGUUUCCAUGAUCGCAUCGGAUCCGAAUGGGAGUAUCGUGAUGACAUCAUAGAGGUUGUCCGAGAUGAGGCUACCGUUCCACUCCUUAAUGCCCUCUGCGGCCCAUACCUCUUGAGUUUGAAUCCACACUUCCUGCAGGACUACUGGGAGUUUGAUCGCAACUUACAGACCUAUCUUCAAGGAAUGCCUUGGUUUCUCGCCCCAAGGGCUUAUGCUGUUCGAAAGCGGGCCCUGAAUGCCGUUAAAAUCUGGCAGCAGCACGCAAGAGACCACUUCGAUGAUUCGGUCGUUGAUUCUGACGGCGACGAUCAAUUCUGGGGGAGUAGCUUCUUCCGAGAGAGGCAAGAGAUGUUUCUCGAAAUGGACGGUUUCGACCAUGAUGCUGUCGCAUCCCAAGAUUUUGGAGCAAUAUGGGCAGUAAGAAAUUCCAUAGUUACUGCGUCUUGGGCGAUCUUUGAAAUAUUUCGAGACCCCGAGCUGUUAGCUAGUGUACGGGCAGAGAUUGAUGCCAUUGCGCUCACAUCUGCCGACGGUCACAUUCAGUUUCACAUCGACCAAUUGCUUCGCCUGCCAGUCCUGCAAGCCGUCUAUGCCGAGACUCUACGCCUCAGGAUGGACUUUUAUAUCAUUAGGAUGCCUGACAAAGUAGAUAUGAACAUCCAGGAUUGGAUCAUACCAAGACGAAAGGUCAUGGUUGCACCGACAACUGUUGCGCACAUGGAUUCCAAGGCGUGGAGCACGGGCCUGAAUAACGAGCAUCCCGUCGACCUGUUCUGGAUCGGAAGAUUCCUCAAAUAUCCAACGAGAAGUAUGCAUAGUGUCGAUACGCAAUCGCAGGAUCCUGCUUCUCCAACUUUCUCGACGAAAGAGUUCGAAGGAUCGUGGAUCCCUUACGGCGGCGGACCGCGACAAUGUCCAGGACGACACUUUGCUAAACGCCAGAUAUUGUUAACCAUCGCUCUGAUGGUAAGCUUAUUUGACUGUGAGAUAUCAGAAGUGGGCAAGCAUGUGCAAGGGGACUCGACGCUCAAGGGAUUCGGCAGUGGUGUAUCGCUUCCAGAUGGCAAAGUGCCGGCGAAAAUACGGCGUAGGGAUAGAGGUAACAUGUAGAAUACCGAAUUCAAAAUCUUUUGUAUGAAUAUUUAGUCUGUCAAAGAAAUAGGGCCGAUACCUUGGGGGUUUAUCUCUUCUGGUACUGUUUUUUAUGUAUCCUUGUAUAAUUUCUUUCGCAUCGUACAUCAGUCGCUCUUCACUGAGAAUGGGGCUUCAAUCAAUAAAAGAAGUAAUGCGU